AUGGUCUUAUCCAUUCCUAUCGCUGGGCCGUCUACUCAACCGCCUCACAAUGGACAGCACAGACUCGUCACUUCUUCAAUGAAGAUUAAUCAGUGGCGACGCUGGACAAACAAAGUCAUUCCUUCCUUGAUUGCUCCAUACCUUGCAUACUUGCGCAAAUCGACUUCUCUUCGCAAUCGAAUUGAACUGCAGCCAGAUAAAGUUGCUGCCUUUCAGUGUAGGUCCUCUUGUCGGCGGAGGGCUCUCAAGAUCACUUGCAUACUUUUCAAUCAUAUGUCUCUCUUAUUACCUGGGCUAUUGACACUACGAAUUGAUUGUUGCACUUGUGCGCCUGCUCCCCUUCAGCUCCUGGCUUGCGGUUAUUUUGCCUGUGCUCCCAUUGCCCUUUGUCUCACUGUGGACCUUCAGCUGCUGGAGUUUGUCAAGACUUUAUUUGUGCAUAUCACUCCCAACACGACUGCUUGGUGUGAAACACUCGAAGUCUUUCUGGCUGACCGUGGGUAUCAACUUACCACCAAGGAUAAUCUUCGCCGUCAAUUCAGUAAUGCCUAUCAUUGGUACUCUUUACUCUGCAUGAGCACUGAAGAUCACUUGUCAAAUCUCAUUGGCAAUUAUCGCCCACUUCCUGCAUCAUCCAAUGAGGGAUUAACACGUCCAAGCGACUAUCUAAGGUCUCGCUGUCUGAUUUGUUUUGGCUCGGUUGAUUGGCGAAAAAGUGGAACACUUAAUCUCAGUAUACCUGAUGUGCACAUUUGCAUUGACGCGUGCUUCACUCAAAAGUAUCCCCCAAACCCAAUCAGAUCAGUUUUUCUUUCGGAUGACGAGGUGACAUCAAUGGACGCCCAUGUGCAAAUUUGUUGUGGCAGACCCCCUGCUCGGGGUCGCAAGAGAAAGCGAGCCACAGAAGGGGAGGAGGAUGGCUACGAGAAUGGCAUGAGAGUCCCAACCUCUGCGCUGGAUGGCUGCGGUGAAUCUUUCUUUGCCGCUGAUGAAAAACGUGAAAAGGCUAGCACCCAAUUUUUUGCAGACACAGGGGUGAUGGCCAUGUUAUGUCGCCAUGAUCAUGUAUUAUGGCUCGUUAAGAUGACAUUGGCGGGAGAAAAGCAGCAUUAUGCUCUCACCCUGAUCAAGAAGCUUUUCGAUAACAUCCCUCCCAAGAUGACUGUCGGCCUCUUGUAUGACAUUGGCUGUCAACUUCAUCAAAGUUGUCUCAAGUACCGGCUCCUCGAUGACGAUGUUCUUCGCCGGAUAACUUUCGCAAUAUCAGUCUUUCAUGCUUACGGCCACCAAUGGGCCUGUCAAAUCAUAUACCAUCCUCACAAGUGUGAAGGCUUUGGCCUUUCUGAUGGAGAAGGUUGCGAGCGUCUAUGGAGUGCACUCAAACAUCUUAUUGCUCCGCUACGCGUUUCUGGGUUUCAUCAGAGACUUUUUGUCCUUGACACUCAGGUCCAGCACCUCGAUGACAAAAACCUUGUUUUGUUUGGCAGCUGGUUGAGCCGGAGGUGGAACAACUGUGCUAAGAAGAAGAGUAAUGCCAUGCAAGCUCUACGUGAGCUUUCAGUGGAUGAAACUCCUGUCCGUCAGCAGUGGAAAUUACAGGUUGAACAUCAGACGAGACCCCUGCCUUGUAAGUGUCAUGUUGGAAAUGUCGACAAUCUUGUCGACUUCAACCUUCGUCUCAUCGAAGAGCGUGCUCACCGAUCGAGACUCGCGGACACUUUGAGCCACUGGAAGGCAAGGCUUGGCAUCAAUCAGUGCACCCAUCUGGACCAAUUACAUCGCAAUACCCGUAUUCACGAACGACUUCGACAGCGCAAGUUCGAAAUUGAGAAGCUUGAAUGCUCAUACAGGCAAGCAGUAAAUGAACAUAAGCUUAAUUCUCAUGUCGACACUGCAAUCCAGCGACACAAUCUUACAAUACAAAAACUCGUGUCCUCCUACAAUAGCCUAUGUGCGGAUCUCAGUGCUCUUAUCAGACAAUGCUGCAGUCCUUCCAAUGCUAUAGCGCCUAACCCUAUCUCUCCUGCUGGUAUCUUCAAUCUUGAUGUUGAUGCUGACAUUUGGCAGGACAUUGGACUUGAUGAUAUCAUGCUGGAACCCCCUGAUUGGUUAGCUGAUGAGGUCACUUGCGCUAUGAUCAGACUGGUGCUCGAGAUUGACUGA